AUGAUAGACGAGACGCUCCACCCGCGCAAAGAAGGCAAGAAGACGGCUAUGUAUGCGGUGAUGGAUAAGACAGCGCCGGAUCUGGCUAAAGUGAGUGUGGGGGCUGCUGUGGGGGAGUUGGGUGUGGGCGGGGUUGGGGGCGUGGGAAAAGGAGUGGAGGGGAAGGGUGUGGUUUUGGAGGAGGUUGUUGAUGGUGGGCAAGGUGUUCUGGUGGAGAAUGUUGGGCUGAGGAGGCUGGCUGAGGCGGAUGGGAUGGGGACGUAG